GAAAGUUAAAGUAUCCUUUUAAAAAUUUAUUAAUUUCAUGAUUCAAAAUACAUGAAAAGCCACCGAUUUUUUUUUUAUUAUUAUUUAUUUAUUUAUUUAUUAUUAUUUAUUAUUUAUUAUUUAUAAUUUUAUUCAUAUACAUAUCCUAUAAUGGCUAAAGGAGGAAAAAAUACAACAAAACCUAUACCUUCUUCUAAUUGGAAAAAGUUAUUACCUAUCGUAGCUUCUAAAAAGGAUACAAAUAAGAAAAGAAAAACAGACGAAUUUGAAAUUAGUCCUAAUUACAAAGGCUUUAAUAAGAAGCAAAAAAUAGAGAAAUUGAAAACUAUAAAAUUACAACAGCAAGCUAAAAAAGAGCAAGAAACAACAACGAUACCCAAUAAAGAUGAGUUAUGGUUUGCAGAGGAUAUAGAUGAAGAUACUUUAAAAACAGUGUAUGCACCCAAGAUAACUACAAAAGAACAACGAUUAAAAAAGAAAGCAAUAGUGGCCGAGAUGGAAUCUGCUUCAGGUGAAGCAGCUAAACUCGGUAAAUAUGUUGCUAUUGAUUGUGAAAUGGUGGGAGUUGGGCCCGAUGGUGUUGAGUCUGCAUUGGCACGUGUUUCGAUUGUCAACUUUAAUGGUGCAGUUAUAUUAGAUUGUUAUGUUAAACCUCAGGAAAAGGUCACUGAUUAUCGUACAAAAGUGAGUGGUAUUGAAGCUCAUCAUAUCGAAUCUGACGACGCCUUAACGUUUAAAGAAGCUCAAUUCAAGGUAGCUUCUAUCAUUCGUAACCGUAUCUUAAUUGGUCAUGCUGUCUAUAAUGAUUUACAGGCUUUAAUGUUAUCUCAUCCUAGCUUGUUAAUUCGUGACACUUCACGUUAUAAACCUUUUCGUAAACUAGCAAAGGGAAGAACUCCAGGUUUAAAAAUGCUUGUAAAAGAAUUAUUGGGUAUCACAAUCCAAUCAGGGAGCCACUCUUCUGUUGAAGAUGCUCGUUUUACAAUUCAACUUUAUAAAAGUGUUAAAAAUGAAUGGGAAAAGUCAUUUGGAGCACGUUCAGGUUUGAUUAUCAAAAAACUGUUAGCUAAAGAAGAGAAAGCAGCUGAAAAGAUGAAAAGAAAAAAAGUGUCAUUUACGAAAAGCAUUGUCAAAAAAGAAGAACAUUUAUCUGAUAAUAAUUCAUCUAAUGAUGAUGAUAGUUCUGAUUUUGAUUCUGAGGAAGAUGAAGAAUAAGUGUCCUUUAUCAUGAUUAAAAAAAAAAAUUACAAAUCUACUUUUAACCAAUAAUAAAUGAUUCAAAAAGACAUAUUAUUUAUGCUCGUUCAAGCUAAGCCAUAUAUUCUGUAUUUUAAUCUUUUAGUAUAACAUACAUAUUCUCUAUCCUACAACUAAAAGCCUUAAAAGUGUGGAACAACAAGCUGGCAUAUGUUAUUUAUUGACAACAUAGGGUUUUAAGAAUGAUAAUCCAUGACUAACUUUAUUAGCCAAUUAAGAGUUUUUCUCUUUUCUACUAUAGAAGAACGAAAU